AUGUUAUCAAGAAUAUACGAAAGAAUCAGCAGCAAAAAGAGCUUUUUAAAGAAAAACAAAAACUCGCUUAAAAGACUAAGAAGAAAAGAGCGCCGAAAGCAGAGGAAGUACAGGAAGAUAGAAUAUAUGAAGGUAUGGAGGAUGAAUAAUAGCUUUCAGAUCUCUGCCAAAGAUGCACCAUGUAAUAGAGUAUUUAACAGGUUCUACAACCAAUUCAUUAUAUACUGGCCAGACGCAUUGCAUAACCAAUAUUAUGAUGCACUUGAGAAAGAAGUCUUAUCGCAUGUAAUACCGACAAAAAAUGGAUAUGUCGACUGCGCCUUGCUGCAGACCCCAUUUAACAUGCCGUCUCCAGUGGAUUACUAUGCCUCCUAUGGGUCGCACAGGCUGAUAGAGGAGGAAGAUGCAGAGUCUGAGUAUGGUGAGAAGGAAGAGAAUUCAGACGAGUGGAGACAAAGUACACCUAUGAUAAUUGAUAGCCAAGAGAUGCUUGGUCAGUUACGAAGUGAUUAUAUGUACUCAGACCUGUCUCUGGAGACAAUAAGUGAGCAGAAAUCUGAGAUGAGCCUCAUGAGUGAAUUAAUGACUGCGCUUAGCUCUAGUGAAGAAAAGGGAGGAACACUUGAAAAUGAACCCAUGGAAGAAAGCCCACUGACAGAUACUCUGAAAGAAAUAGAGGCAGGCAAGGAAAAGGCUACUGUGUGCAACAUAUUAUCACUGCUGUCUUAA